GGCGGCUGUCCGGUUUGUAUUUGCUUUUACCGUUGUUCGCUGAAAUUACAUUAUUUUUGGCUUCUAAAAUGUCACAGAGAGGUAGUGGUAGCUCCAGAAGUUCUCAUACCAGCGAAAAUAAUGGUGACAGUACGUUGCGAACGGAAAAUGAUAUCACUGGAAAUUUGGAAAAUACAACCGACGUUGAAUCUUCAACUUUGUUGACAAGCUCGGCUCUUUCCUCCACUCAAGUGGACAGCGAGGCGGAAAACAGAAUAACUAAGCAUGAAAUUGAACGCAAACAGCUACUGCAUGACUUGGAACUUGUUCGCAUCGAGUUGAGCCAGAAAAACCUCAUAAUCGACAACAUGAAAGUUGAACAUUUGAGCAAAGUGGAUGAGUUAGAGGAACUCUUGGGCGAUACUCGACACGAGAAACAAAUUCUUCAGGCAAGACUUGAAUCGCAGCUGAAACUUCAACAAGAGGAAGCUAAGAGCUCUCUUGAACGAACGAGGCUUGAAAUGGCCAAAAUCUUUAAACGACAGCAGCUUUUGGAAAUCGAGAACAAGAAGCUACAAGAAAAAGCCAUGGACUAUAGGAAAGGGUUGAUUGAUCUUGAACAAUUAUCCGAUGAGCUGUACUUGGAAUUGAAAUCCAAAGACUCAGAAGAACUUUCUUUGAGGGAAUUCGUAAUGAUUAAAGUUUAUGAAGCUCGUCAUCCUUUAGCUUUGGAAUGUUCAAGUCUUCAAGAACAGCUGGAAACUUUGACCCAUCAACUUCACACUAAAGAAGAGGAGACUGCUUUUUUCCGAAAGGAGGCUGAGGAUGAACGCAUGGCACGUGCAGAGACAGAGCAAAGAGUGCAAAGACUCAGCCUCCAGCUGGAGAAAUUACAAUCCCAAGUUAGUCAAGGAGAUUACAAAAUUACAAACUUUGAUCAAAUCAGAAGUGAGCGGGAUCAUUUAGACAGGGAUUUGAUGGAGUUGAAGAAAAAUAAUACUUUUUUGGAUGCUGCAUUGAAGUCAAAAACAGAGAAUUUGCUUGAAGUACAGAAGGAGUUGCAAAUCCUUAGACAAACGGAAGCCUUACUGAAGCAAGACAAGGAGUAUCUGAACAAACAGCUUCAAGAGCUCAGAGGCCGCUGCACGUUAGCUGAGGAACGAUUGGAGCAGAUGUCGCAGCAGCUUGGAGAAACAAAACAGGCCAGAGAGGAGUUGUAUGAGAAGUAUAUCAGUGUCAGAGAGCAAUACAAGUCAGAAUAUGAACUGAGACUCAAAUCUGAACUAGAUGACAUUAAGGGCAAGACUUCACUUGAAUUGGACAGGAUAAGAGGUGAUACUAAAGACAUGUUUGAAAGGGAAAAUAGAAAUCUUAGAGAAGCAAGAGAUAAUGCCUUUGAGGCAAAAGAACAUGCUGUCAUUAGUGAAAAGGAAAUUGCCUCAAAAUAUGAUCUCCUUCAAUCUGAGUAUCGACAAUUACAGUUGACGGCUGACAGCAGGCAGUCUGAAUUGCAAAAAGAGAUCAGCGUCAAACAGUUUGAGUUGGAGAGAUUGCAAAUGAUUCUGGAUGAAACAGCUAACAAUCUCAAUCAAGCAAAACUGGAAGCUGAAAAGUACCAGAGCAAGAGUGAGGUUUUAAAUAAAGAGUACUACACUCUGCAAAACUCCUCAGAAAAACAGCUUGUGGAACUGGAAGCAAAGUGUAAGGAACAGGGAGAUAAGCUGGCAGUGUAUGAAAAACUUGAGCAGGAACUGGAUGAUGUUAUCAUGCAGGCUGCAGAGAUUGAGAAUGAAUCUGAGGCUGAACGAGUGCUGUUCUCUUAUGGCUAUGGUGCCAAUGUACCCAGUACAGCAAAGAGGAGAAUGCAGCAAAGUGUUCACUUGGCACGGAGAGUUCUUCAGUUGGAAAGAGCCAACACUUCACUUAGAAAUGAGAUGGAAAGAGAGAAGAAAAAGAAAGACUUGCUGGGAAAAGAGCUUUCCAAGGCUACGUCACUGCUGAAUGAAGCACAGCAGCCAUACAACUAUCUGAUUGAGAGCAUAAGAGCGAGGGAUACACAGAAUCAGACCCUUACUGAACAGCUCACAUUGAUGGAGGAGGAAAUCGGGAAGCUGAAAACAGAAAAAGAAGAUCUUGUUAAGACCCGCAAUCAGUUAUCCGCUGACUUGGAGAGACUUCUAAACCAGCGCGAGGAGAUGGCAGUGAUGAAACAAGCCAUUCUUGGUCUAAAGUCCUCAAGAGGUUCUACUGCACAAGUUACAAGGACAUCUACAGGUGUCCGUGGCCAAGAAUCAUGCAUUAGAACUUCUAUGGCUCAAGACACAUCCAGCUCUGCAGCACACCAACCGAAACCAACUAUUUUUACAAAAUCUGACCCUCCAACAUGGUAUAGAAAAU